GCCUGCAGGCAGUCUGUGGUCAGCCGCUGCAGCUCCUGCAAAACCUCCAACGCGACGUGACUGGAACGAGAACCCUCCGGAUUUUUCAGUUCGUUUUCGGGGCGAUCGGGAAACAGCUGCGCUCCUCUCUUCCCGGGCGCACAGAGGACUUUUGGUGAAUCGGUGCCAGUGGCUGGUCACCGCAGCACGAUGCGACUCCAAACUCUUGUAAAGCUUCUCCGGGUUGUGUUUUUCUUUCUUAACGCGAUGCACGCUCAAACGGUGCUCCCUCCUGAAUGUGCACCGGGCGGCCACUCCAUCCUUCAGAACCCCUACCGCAGCACCACCUUCAGCUCCAGCUGGCUGCAGCAGUCGGCCCUGCAGGACUUCAUCUGCGACCACUCCCUCACUCCGGGCUGGUACCAGUUUCAGAUUUUUGACAAGCCAGCCAGCAUGCCCACUGAGUGUGUGGAGGUGAACCACUGUGGGACCCAGGCCCCAGUGUGGCUGUCUCUGCGUGAAGGAGAGUCCUUGCCUGGGUCUCUGGAGGUCAGGCAGUUGACGGCCUGCGCUGCCUGGCAGUUCUUCCCGAGCAGCAGCAAAGACUGCUGCUUGUUCCGCAUCCCGGUCACCGUGCGAAACUGUGGAGACUUCUACGUUUACCUGCUGCAGCCCACACAGGGAUGCAUGGGAUACUGCGCUGAAGAGAUGUCGGACACUUUACCCUCAACGUUGCUGACCUGUGACCCUGACGAAGUGAACGUCGAUGGAACAUGUAUAACCAAGCAGCCACCCUCUCCCUCUGUACCAGUGAUCGUCUCAGAGGUGACAGGUAAUACCGUCUACCUGAAGUGCAGCUUUGACAGCAGCUCCAACAGCUCUCUGGGUUACGUGGUGGCCUGGUCUCGUCUCUCACCUGAGGGCAGGAAGGAGGAGCUAAAGCAGGAGACCACCAUCCAGACCUCCACCUUCAUCGAACUGGAUGGCUUCAACCUCCGCCUGGGGGACAAGAUUUACUGUUCCAGUUCCAGUUUUUUCUUGGAGUCCCCUGACGUCAGGGGUGUUUCAGUGGAAAGUCAGGAGUAUUUUGCUGGGAUUCGGCUUAUACCAGAGGUGAUCGUUGUAUCUGAGGAUGGGAGACUGUAUGAGUUGGUGGUUGAGAGCACGGUUCCUGUCCCAUGUGUGGAAGAGUCGUCCUCCUCUACACAACAGUGCACACUGUCGCUGCAGCUCAGCACAAGUAGUAAGGACGAGGGUUUGUUGGGUGCAGAUCUGUCUCUGUCCUCCUGCGUGGUGGAUCUGUCCCGGGGCCCCUGCCGGGAUGGGGUUUGCAGCCGAGCUCUGAUCCACUUCAGCCCAACCACAGACUUUGUCAAAGAUGGUAACAGGACAACUCAGAUCUCUGUUAAACCCUUCUUCACUCAAAAUUUUCUGUGGAACGGAUACUCACCAGAGCCUGUCGAGAUCACAGUAAAGGAUGUUCCCUCAGCCUACUGCUACUCCUUCACUGAUCCUCACAUUAUCACAUUUGAUGGCAGGCACUAUGAGAGCUACCAUAUAGGCACCUUUGUCCUGUUUAAAAGCACUUUCUGGCAGUUUGAGGUGCACGUACGUCAGUGGGAGUGCGGCAGCGUGCUGCAUGCUGCCUCGUGCGUCUGCGGCUUUGUGGCGAGGGACGGUGGCGAUGUCAUUGCUUUUGACAUGUGCAACGGGGAAAUGGGGGAAACCAAGCCUCAACUCUCCGUGAAGAACAGAGACUUGAGCAAGAGCGGCAUCCGGAUCACGGAGUCCUACCAGGGACGCAAAGUCACUAUUACUUUCUCAUCUGGAGCGUUUGUUCGUGCUGAUGUUUCUGACUGGGGAAUGAGUCUGACGCUGAGAGCCCCCAGUUCAGAUUGGGGUCACACUGAGGGUCUGUGUGGAACUUACGACGGACAGUCGGACAACGACUUCCACUCAGCAGGGGGCACCACACUGGAGGAUCUGCAUGCUUUUAUCUCUGAAUGGAGACUUCCUCCAGGAACCAGCCUCUUUGACACCAUGCCAUCCCGUCUGAGUAAACCAAGCCCCCGCAAGUACUGUACCUGUCAGACCAAGCCCCGCCUCGCAUCUUCCAGAGCUCGAUCGCAACCUGUCACCUCCCCUGACUCCACCUGCUCUCAUUUUGGCAACCUGCAUCUCCUCAGUGUCAUCCCCACUCUAGAUGUCACAGCCGAGUAUAUCGGCUCAGUGGAGUUACUCAAAGGCAAUGACAGACAGUUGCUGCCUCCGGGUCACUCCAUCCAAAAGACCCGGGAUCACGGAAUUGAUGCUCAUCUGCAUGAAAAAGGCUUCCGCUUGAGAGCUUUCAGGGAUGAAUCUUUGACCUCAUCCCAGCAGCAGCAGCGCAGGGGAGGGCGGCAGGCCCAUCGUUACAUUUCCAACUCCCCUCACCAAAGCCUCAGCCAGUCUGACUUAGAGGGAUUGACCUACUUCUUCCCGGAGGACCACGAACCAGCAGUUCAAACAGACACUUCCCCAACAUGGCCGACACCCUCUGGUCUCACCGAACCGCAGGCCCGGGCUCAGUGCCAGAAGGCCGUGGAACAUUCCAGCAUUGUAGUAGGUUGCGGCCGCCUGCUAGAAGAGUCACUUGUUAGCCAUGCAGUGGCUAUGUGUGUUACUGACCUACAGCUGAAGGAUGAGCUGUCAUGGCUGAAUGCAACGUUACCGCUGCUGGAGAACGAGUGUGAGAGGAGGCUGGUUGAGGACAGGAAGAGAGAGGAAGAGCAUCAGGAUGUUGCGGCCAUCCUCAAGUGUCCCAAUCUGUGCAACGGGAAUGGCCAGUGCUCGGAAUGGGGUUGUGUGUGUUUCCCAGGAUUUGGGUCCUAUGACUGCAGUGUGCUGUCUGACCAGAUCCCAGAGAUCACCGAGUUGGAGAAGGAGGGUCUGUGUGAUGUGCGACAGGGAGACUGCUCCACUGUCCAGGUCUACGGUCAAGGCUUCAAGGACUCCUACGAUCUCAAGUGUGAGUUUGUUAAAGAAAAGUUUGUGGACAGGGAUUGGGUCCUGGACGAGCCCCAGUUCGUCCUGGCCACCUUUCUGGACGUCACGGCCCUGGAGUGCCAGCUCCCCUUGGAGGACAGUCGGACUCCUGCAGGCCUGGACCUAGCAACUGCAACAAACAGACCACUAGCCCGCUGGCAGAUCAAAGUAUCCAAUGAUGGCUACAGCUACAGUAAUGCCAAGAUAUUGACUCUGUAUGACGGAGCCUGCCAGAUCUGCAGCCUCAGCACUGAAGUCCUCUGCACCCUGAGGGAGAAAACCUGCAACAUCGACGGCCUGUGUUACAGCGAGGGAGAGUCCAAUCCCAGCAGCCCUUGCAUUACAUGCCAACCGGACUCGUCCAAACACACGUGGUCCAUAGCAGAGAAGAACACGCCUCCGGUGCUGCAGCCGCUGCCAUUUCGCCUUCGUUCUUUCCAGGGGGAGAACUUCAUCUACCAGCUACAAGCUCAGGACUCUGAGGGCUCGGCUGUCAGCUUCAACCUGGUAUCAGGCCCUGAAGGAGCAUCUCUGUCUCCGGCUGGCCUGCUCAUGUGGAAGGCCACAGCUGAAACCACAGACAAGCAUACGUUCUACUUUACCAUGACGGACGACUGUAACGCUGAGGCCAGAGCCUCGGUACAGGUGUCUGUGCAAUCCUGUGAAUGUCUGAACAGAGCCUCCUGCGUAACCAACGUCAACCUCCCCGUCGGCAGCGGGGAAUACCUGUGUGUUUGUCUCAAUGGAUUUAAAGGGGAAAGGUGUGAGGUGGACAUCGAUGACUGUAAACCUAACCCCUGCAGACUGGGCCGCUGUAUCGACGGGCCAGACUCCUUCUCCUGUAUCUGCCCACCUGGGAUGACAGGUCGAACAUGCAGAGAAGAUCUGGAUGAGUGCGUCUCUCAGCCUUGUUUCCCUGGAGUGAGCUGUAACAACACGCUGGGCUCCUUCAUCUGUGGAGUCUGCCCACAGGGAUUCAGCGGUGAUGGAAAAAACUGCACUCGUAACGCAGACUCUUCUGCCAAAGAUGUAACCACACCAGCGAGAGUACCGCAGGUUUUGCUGAGGCUCAAACCCUCGGGCCUGUCGCCGUGCAGCAGGACUCCCUGUUACCCUGGGGUUCAGUGUUUUGAGAGCACCCACGUCUCUGCAGGCUUUGUCUGUGGGCCCUGCCCUAUGGGACUCCGUGGAAACGGAAGAACAUGCACACUUGCGGGUCAGGGGACCGCAGCCAAUGGAGCAGAUGGUCACAUUCACAUCACCAAAUCGAAUUCCAGCAAGGAAAUGACUCCCACCUCCUCUUCCUCCUCCUCCUCCUCAUCAUCCCCCACCUCACCCAGACGAACCUCUGACAGGAGGACGAAACCAGAAGCCACCAUCCCCACUGGCAGAAGAGUUUCUGCCACCGAGAGAAAGACCACAGUGACCCCGCACAAUCAAACUGUAACAGGAGUAUUUGCCUCCGGUAUGCCCGACCUCAGCACCGGCGUCGAAAGGGGGACACCAUCUCACCAUGUGACCUGUGCCGACUCCCCAUGUUUCCUGGAAGUUCCCUGUGAGCCCACCUUCACUGGGUCCUUCAGGUGUGGUGGCUGCCCAUACGGUUACACUGGGGACGGAGUCACAUGUAAAGCUGUGUGCAGGUAUCAGUGUGGGAGGAACAUGGAGUGCUCUCUGCCCAACACCUGCACCUGUAAAGAAGGUUAUACCGGAUACAACUGUCACAUAGCCGUGUGUCGACCCGACUGCAAGAACCAGGGGAAAUGUGUGAAACCCAAUGUGUGUGAAUGUCCCGCGGGCUACAGUGGGCCCACGUGUGAAGGAGCGAGCUGCGAGCCGCCAUGCCAGCAUGGGGGCACCUGUCUGGCCAGAAACCUGUGCACAUGCCCCUACGGCUACGUGGGACCCAGAUGUGGAAUCAUGGUGUGUAACAGGCACUGUGAAAAUGGAGGCGAGUGUGUCUCACCUGAUGUCUGUAGAUGCAAACCAGGCUGGAACGGACCGACAUGUAACUCAGCUCUCUGUAGCCCUGUCUGUCUGAAUGGAGGAACAUGCAUGAAGCCCAGCAUCUGUGCCUGUCCCAGCGGCUUCUAUGGCUCCCAGUGUCAAAUUGCUGUGUGCAGUCCUCCGUGUAAGAACGGAGGUCAGUGUAUGAGGAACAACGUGUGCUCCUGUCCCGACGGCUACACAGGAAAAAGGUGUCAGAAGAGUGUGUGUGAGCCGAUGUGCAUGAACAAAGGCAAGUGUGUGGGACCGAACACAUGCUCGUGUGCAUCAGGAUGGAGCGGGAGCAGGUGUAACAUACCUGUGUGUCUGCAAAAGUGUAAAAAUGGUGGCGAAUGUGUUGGACCAAACACUUGCCACUGUGCCAUCGGCUGGGAAGGCCUGCAGUGUCAAACACCUGUGUGUAAACAGCGUUGCCUGAACGGAGGGAGGUGUGUCCUACCAGAAUACUGCCACUGUCGGAAAGGCUACAAGGGCCUAACCUGCACAGUAAAGGCAUCACAAGCAUGAUGGGAACGGAAAGAGUGAAAGAAGCGUCAAAAUGCACAAAGCAAGAAGAAAGCACCAUGACUGUGUGUAUGUGUCUGUGUGUGUGCGUGUGUAUUGGCAUGUGCUUGAAUGUGUGGCUCUGUGCAAAUUUGAACUGGAACGGGGGGACUUGAUGUAUUGCACUUGCCUUUUUGUUCCUGUAUAUCACUACCUCAAGGCUAAAAGUAACACAUCUGUUCAAGACAUCAGCAGAUAUUUAAUACAGAUGUGUAUGUGUUUUUGCAGAGUAUUAUGUAGAAAAAACUAAACAAUAAAUUAAUCUGUUUCAGUAAUUUCUCAUUCAUAAGGCUUUAACCAAGCUUUAGCCAAAUUAUAGCCUGGUUUAACUUUUACCAAACUGAUGUUCGUUGUUUGUUCCUUACUUAAUAAAUGAAUGUCUACUUUGUCUUAUUCUGCCUAACGUAGAUGACACACAUCACUAAUCUGUUUUAAACACUAAUAUGAAUAUGUUGAAAUGUAACUUUUUUUAAAUGUAUUUUCAAUCUGGCCAAUUGAAGUUGUGGGCUGUUACACAUUUAUACUGAUAUUAGGGGUAUGUAUUAAAGUAAUGACAACAUAUUUGAUUAAGGUUAUCUUCAAUUUUUUUUUAUCAGCACCAGAUUACACUGUGGUACAGGUAACAUGACAAAAUAAAGAAAAUGAACUAUU